UCAAACUGUGCCAACUGCAAGUGACAUUUGGAUCGACCGAUCCAGCCUCUGCUGCCGAACGCACCUUGUUAGCCAAAAGGAAGGACGCUGGAUUCUGCGGUCCUGAAUCUAUGGAACAAGGAGUCACAUCCCCUUGACGAGUUGAGAAAAACGAGUCUGCACAGAUCGGUGUGGUCGCAGUGAUCAAUUAUGGCCGGGGAACGUGACUGCGGAGUCUUCGGAUUCUACCCCCGAUGGCUCAGGGGGAAAGCGAACUUCAAGUCCUUCAUGGCCGUCUAUUCGCUUCUUGGCACCGUGCAAGCGAUGUCCUUCAUCUACAUCACCGUCACUCUAACCACCCUUGAGAAAAGGUUCAAAAUUCCCAGUCGCACUACAGGUAUCAUGCUCUCCGGAAACGAGGUAUCCCAGGUCCUCUCCAUCGUCCUGAUCUACUACGGAGGGUCCGGCCAUCGUCCAAGGUGGAUAGCAGUCGGUGUCGCCCUCAGCGCGUUGUCCUGCUUGGUCCUGGCUCUGCCGCACUUCAUAUAUGGGCCGGGAAAGGACGCGCUGGCUCUGACCAAGGAGUACCUGGACCACAAGGUGCUGAACACCUCCUCAAAUCCCACGGAGGUGUUCGUUUGCUCGAGGACGACGGGGACGGAAAUCUGCGACGAGGACUCUCUCUUGGACGUCAGCCUGCUGCCCAGGGUCCUGAUCUUCCUGUCUCAGUUCAUCCUUGGCAUCGGCACCACGCUCUAUUACGGCCUGGGUCAGACCUACAUGGACGACAAUACGAAGAAGAAGAACACUCCGAUGCUACUGGGAUUAGCGUUUGGUUUGAGAACGCUGGGGCCGGUAGCCGGGUUCUUGCUUAGCUAUCUUUGCCUGAGACUGUACAUUGACCCUUCCCUGCACCCUGUUAUAACACCAAGCGAUCCAAGAUGGUUAGGAGCUUGGUGGCUGGGUUGGAUCAUCCUCGGCGUCACGAUGGGAACGUUCGCCAUUCUGGUAGCGCUCUUCCCCAAGGAACUGCCAAAGCGGGAAGAAAAAGUUUCCACCAAGGAUGGCGAAAUUCCGCUGAAACUGGAUUUGUCAAGCGAUAUCAAAGCUCCGCCACAGCCGCAAGAUGCGAAUAAACCCGAAGAGUGCAAACCGGAUCGAGUUGUCGCGAUGAAAAAUUUUCCCAAGGCCUUGAAGAGACUGCUUACGAACAAACUUGUAUGUUUCAACAAUAUCAGCGCGGUCUUUUACAUUCUUGGAGCAUCGGGUUACAUCACUUUUUACUCUAAAUACAUGGAGAUUCAGUAUGGAACAUCCGCUGGCGGUGGCACAGUUCUUGCAGGACCAUUAUCUUUGUGCGGAAUGGUGAUAGGUUUCGUGGGCUCGGGAAUAGUGAUCAGUAAGUACAAGCCAGGUCCCAGGCUCCUUCUCGGCUGGAACGUGAUAGUGGGUUGUUGCUACCUGGCCGGAAUGGUGACAUACUCCUUCCUGGGGUGUCCCGACUCUGGCGUACAAGGAGUAGACAUGGAAACCUCAACGUUAAACCUGACUGCACCAUGCAACCAGGACUGCACCUGCGAAGGUAUCAAGUACUCCCCGGUCUGUCACGUACCUAGCGGAACAACCUUUUUCUCCGCGUGUCACGCCGGGUGCAAGACGAUGCUGAACAAAAAUGAGUUCGGUGAUUGUUCAUGCGCAAUUGGAUUAGGCAGUUUGGAAUACGAGGGCCAAACUCCUUCAGCUCCCACGCCAGUUCUGCCGGAAAGCCAAGCACAAUCGAAUCAGUCGUCCUCGACGAUUGAUACCGACAAAGUGGUCACGGCUGGACCUUGUCCGAGAAAUUGUGACGGGCCAUACACGUGGUUCGUUGUGAUAACUUGCCUGAUGCAGGUAAUCGGCUGCUCGGGCAAGAUAGGGAAUGUCCUGGUGAAUUACAGGGCUGUGGAGAAGGAGGACAAGAGCAUCGCCCAGGGAUUCUCCCUCAUGCUUAUAUCCCUCUUCGCUCUCAUACCCGGGCCCAUUAUAUACGGCACGGUUAUCGACUCGACGUGUCUUAUUUGGAAUGAUUCCUGCGGGGAAAGGGGGAACUGCUGGUUCUAUCACAAGGACGACUUCCGUUACCUGUUGAACGUCUCCGCGAUUGGCUUCAUCGUGAUAGGCAUCGCCUUCGACAGCGCCGUUUGGUAUCUGGCCAAAAAUUUAGAUUUGUACGGGUCGGAUGAGGUGGACCAGCGGCGGGAGUUCGUCAAGGGUGAAAGUCCUGCGCUACCGGUCGGUAAGAGCGACGCCGAUAGGAACCAAACGGUUAGUUCAAAUCAGAACUCGGGGCAAAACGUGACGUAAACACUGCAUUUCUCGAUUCGAGCAGUGACUGAGCAAAUUACGAUAAAUAAAUUACACUGCACUACUAACAAAAAUGAUCGCUGAGGUUUCGAGGUCACUCGUUGCAGGCCGACUGCAGGUGACGUACGUCGCGAUGCACUCUCAUUAUAGGUAACGAAGCUUACACGAAUAUUACAGGUACUGUAUAAUAUGUGAAGGAGAAACACAAUCUUUUGUAAAUAAAA